GUCAGCAGCUUCCUAAUUCCCUCAAGCUCAGAGCACCACUAGCUGGUGAAUGGCUGGGAGGGUUCCUGUGUGUUUGCACUUCACAAUGGAGGCAAUAAUUUCUACGGUUCUUGGUGAUAUUGUCAGCAGAUCCAUAUCCGUCUUGGUUGGCCAAGGAGCAGAGGAUAAUAUACAGAGGCUGCGCUAGCUGCUUCUGAGGAUAUCUGUUGCUGUCGAGGAGGCCGAGGGGUGUCGUGUCGCACACUGAGGGAUGAUCCAUCAGGCUAGCGUGAUGAGAGGGCAGAUAGAGAGUCCAUGAAGACUAGAACACCAGAUGGUUCAAUGAAGACUAGCUGGCCAUUCAAAGUCAUCAAGUCUGCAACUGCCUAAUUCCUUCAAGCUCAGUGCACCUGACUUGGCAACUGCUUAAGUCCUUCAAGCUCAGACCACCAUCUAUCCGGAGAGAGGCUGGGAGGGGUUGUUUGCGCUUCGUGAUGGAGGCGCUCAUCUCCGCAGUUCUUGGAGAUAUUGUCAGCAGAGCUAUAUCUGUUGUGGUCGACAAGUGCCGCGAGCAGACAACCACCGAGGAGGAUCUUGAGAGACUGCGCCAGCUGCUUCUGAGGAUAUCUAUUGUUGUCGAGGAGGCCGAGGGGCGGCUUGUAACAAACCGAGGGAUGAUCCGUCAGGUUUGCAUGAUGAGAGAGCAGAUGUUCAGAGGAUACUACCUUCUCGAUGCAUUCAGGUGCAGAGAGAAGAAUACCGAGGAAGACGAGGUGAGCCACUGCUCUUUCGCUCGGUCCGCAUUCAGUCCAGCUAAGCGCUUUCGCCGCCUUUCUAGCAGCACUCAAACUGAGAGCAUGAUAAUAGCAUGUAGAGAAAGAAGCAGUAAGGAGUUGAAACAGGUUGUACUAGGCCUAGAAACCAUGGUUGCUGACAUGAAGGAGUUUGCUGUGUUUCUUAUGAGCUACCCUCGCAUGCACCGCCAGCCUCGUAGCACGUACCUGUUCAUGGACAGGUGUAUGUUUGGCCGCCAGAUGGAGAUGGAACACGCCAUCAACUUCUUGCUACAAGCGGAUCAGCAGAUUCUAGGGAAUGGAGAUCCUGGUGUCCUUCCAAUUGUUGGUUCUGCACUUAUUGGGAAAAGCACUCUUGUGGAGCAUGUUUGCGACGACGAGCGGGUGCGCAACCACUUCUCGUCGAUCUUGUUCUACACUGGAGACAGUCUCACUACAGAUGAAACGGCAACAACUUUCAGAGACAACUGUACAAUCAAGCACCAAAACAUCAACAUCGCCUCAGUUGAAGAAAGAUCCUUGCUUGUCGUCGAGCUCUGCGAAGACUUCGACGAAGACGCAUGGAGGGGGCUGCUGCGCUCUUCCACGAGAUCCCUGAAACAUGUGAGCAAGAUCAUAAUCACUAGCCGAUCAGAGAAGGUGGCCAGUCUCGGAACAACUGAGGCGGUCAGGUUAGAACGCCUGCCUGAAGAGGCCUACUGGUACUUCUUCAGGACGCUGGCGUUCGGGAGCACGGACCCCGAGGAUCACCCGGAGCUGACGUCCAUCGGCAUGGAGCUCGCUGUCGAGAUGCGUGGCUCAUUCAUGAACGCGUUCAUCAGCGCCGGCCUGCUGCUGGGACUGGGCGCAGACCGUCUCCGUGCCCGGACCUGGCGCAGGGUCCUCGCACAUUUCAGGGACUACAGGCAGAAGAACACCCUGCUGCUGGGUGGCGAGUACCCGCUCGACCUCCAGUCCCGGUAUGUCUGGAGCAUGGCCCAAGCGCCGCAUCUGGGUCGUCUCAAGCUGUUCCUGCUGCGCGAUAGCUACCAGAGAGGGCCGGAUGAUCGCACCGAGGUGCCGAGGGUGACGGCGGUCGACCUCCUGUCCGGGAGCGCCGCCGUGCCGCUGGGCAGGUCUGAGGUGCUGUUCUGGAGGUCCCUCGUACCACCGUACUACAGGUACAUGUAUGUGUGCGAGUGCGAGUUUGUGCGGCACAAGAACAAGAACACCACGAUAGAAAUGGAGCCAUAGAGGUGGUUCAUGCAUGUUUUGAGUUCUUAGUUGACCGAUCAUAUAUUGUAGUAUGUUGUGGUUGGUACCCGGCCGGUAAUCUCAUCGUUUAGUUGCAAUCACUUGGUUGUAUAUAUAUACUCUUGUCUGAACAAACAUGCCUUGCAAUAAAAUCCAGUUGAUCUCUC